AUGAAUCAAGCUUCUAUGGACUGUGUAAAAUUGAAAACGAGAACAGAAGGAAAACAAAAGGAGCAAAUCUUCAUUCUCUUCUCUCCAGCCGAGAUAAAGAGACGACUUUCCUUCCCUGUUGCUUCAGCAAUGCAAACUGAAGGGAUCGUCACAGCGAAGAAACUGAAGAAGGCCACAAAAAGAAAGGCAACAAAGGUUGAGGAGGAUGAGAAUGUUGCGGUCAUCAAGGAUUCACCAAAAAAGAAGCAGAAAUCCAAGAAGGCAUCUCAACAAGCGCAGUCCACUGGGUUACCGACAAAGAAAAAGAAGCCAAAAAGUAAAGAGGGGAAAUUAGAGGAAGCAUCCUCAGCUAAUUUGGAGGGGAACUCCAAUGGAAUCAAAAAGAAAAAUGCUCUGUUUGACUCCGAUGAUGAUGACGUGAACGGCGAUUUCAAGUUUGCCAAUGAUAAUGACUCCGAUGUGGAGAUGGGUGAUGACUUCGGAAGUGACGACGAGGAUAUUAGUAAUAAUGGCAGUGAUUCUGAAAAUGAAGAUUUACCGAUUGAGCGGAAGUCGAAGCUGCUUGACCGAAAGAAAGCAAAAACUGCACAAGAAGCCGAUUCCGAGCUGCGCUUGAACAUCGCAGGUCAGCAGCAGUAUGAGCUGCCGAGCGUUGACGAAGUUGAAAAGCAAUUGAGAGAAGUUCCUAAUCUUCAGAUAAUCAAGGAUCGGAUACAUGAAGUAGUGCAGGUUUUGGGAGAUUUCAAGAAUAGACGACAAGAGGGAAGAAGCCGUGAUGAGUAUGUAUCCAUACUCACCAAAGAUUUGUGUUCCAACUACGGCUACAAUGAAUACCUUAUGUCGAAGUUUAUGCAGCUAUUUCCGCAAGCAUCAGAGUUAAUCGAAUUUCUCGAUGCUAACGACCAGCAACGUCCUGUGACCAUCAGAACAAAUACGUUGAAAACGCGAAGAGGAGAUCUGGCGAAGGCGCUGAUAAACCGUGGUAUGAACGUAGACCCUGCUGCGCCUUGGACGAAAGUUGGCUUGGUUGUGUAUGAUUCACAAGUCCCCGUAGGAGCAACUCCGGAAUACCUGGCUGGUCAUUAUAUGAUCCAGGGUCUAAAUUCUUUAUUGCCGGUAAUGGCGCUUGCACCACAGCCAGGUGAUCGAGUGCUUGACAUGUGCGCAGCACCAGGAGGAAAAACUUCCCACAUAGCUAGUCUCAUGAAAAAUAGCGGCGUACUCUUUGCCAACGACGCAAAAAUCAAUCGUUGUAAAGCCAUCAUAGGCAAUUUGCACCGACUAGGAGUCAACAAUGCUAUUGUGAGCAACUUGGGAGGAGAAGAAUAUGCAAAGCUAGCUCCGAAUGGUUUCGAUCGUGUUCUUCUUGAUGCUCCGUGUUCGGGAACAGGUGUAAUUUGGAAGGAUCAGUCUGUAAAAACCAGCAAAGAUAGCCAAGAUAUACAGCGAAAGCACACUGUACAAAGACAAUUGAUAUUAGCCGCACUGGACGCUGUCGACGCGAAAUCCCCCAGCGGUGGAUACGUCGUUUACUCUACUUGCUCGGUUUUGGUCGAAGAAAAUGAAGCUGUUGUGAAUUAUGCAUUGCAAAAAAGGCACUGCGAGUUGGUUCCUUGCGGUCUGGAAGUUGGUGUGGAAGGAUUCACCAGAUUCCGCGAGUACCGGUUCCAUCCAUCGCUCAGCUUGACAAGACGUUAUUACCCACAUGUGCAUAAUAUUGAUGGAUUCUUUGUUGCAAAGUUGAAGAAACUUUCCAAUGCGAAGAUGGGCAAAGCAAGUGUGGAUAUAGUUCAACGAGAAAACCUGGAGAACAAUGGAGUCGAGAAACAAGCGAAAGUAAAUGGUGAGAAAAGUAAGGCUAAGUCAUCAAAAGUAAAUGAGAAACAGGGCAGCGAUACUUCUGACGAUGAGGAAACCAGCAAGGUGCCAGGAAGUAGCAAACGGAAAAUGAAGAAAAAGCGAAAUCAAUUGAAAAAUUUGGCGAAGAAAGUACCAGCCUCGGAUGAUGGAUUCAACAAGACUGGCUUUGUUCACAAGAUCAAGAAACAGAAAACGUUCAAGAAGAAAAUAGGAAAACGAGCGCUUGCUAAAACAAGUGCCAAAAUGGUUAAGAAUAAACGAAAGAAGCUAAUGGCAAAGGCCGCCGCAGGAUCUUCAGCUUGAAUGUUUCCCAGACUUGCCCUCAAAAUAUUGUUGAUCUUGUUAUUUUUGUCUCAUGCUGUAUCAUUUUUGUUGUUUUGUUGUUGUUAUUUGUUGUCUGUUGCCGAGAGCGAAGCCUUCAAGUUGAAUGAACGCUUCUGACUUAAAUGUUAACCGCAGAAAUGAGUGAGAAUUCCCAAAAAAUUGGUCUAUCGAGU